AUGGCCGACGUUGUGGAAGAAGCUCCCUCAUCUGGGACUCAGUUUUGGGAGGAAGAGGAGAUGCCCGUGGAGUCAUUGGUCAGAGGGCGCGCGAAACGAAGUACCGCAGGACUGCAUAUGUCUGCCCUCCUUGAAGCUGCCGCCGAUGAUGACUUGGCUCUUCUUUUUGAAGAAGUCGAAGACGAUAAUGAUUUUGCGGACGUGGCAGACCCCGACGCAGAGGAUGACUUGCUUGAAUCGUCGGACGAAGAUGAAGACCAGGGACCGAACGCGCAGAACGAUUACGAGGGCGAACAGAAACUACAAAAGGACGAGCGCAAGAAGCGCAGAGCCCUGAAUGAUCUCCGGUUUCAGACCUUGCGCAAACGCGUCAAAAUCGACCCGACCGCCCCAUCCGCCAUGUCCGCCGCUCCUCGUCCGAAGAAAAAGUCAGAGCGCAUCUCGUGGAUUCCCACGGUGGAGGAUGGGCCUACUCGGCAGUCAUCGCGUCGACAGACUAUGGUCAAUAAGGAGCUUACGCAUGCUCGUCUCAAGGACAGCCAGGAAAAACGAGUCCGCAUCAUCGCUACAAUGAAGGAGGCAGAGAAGCGGAAAGCGCAUCUGAAGCCGAAAGAGAUGACCCAGGAAGAUCAUCUUGCUGAGGCUGCAAGAGUGGAACGGCUUAACAGCAAAAGUUUGAACCGCUGGGAGCUGUCGGAAAAAAGAAAAGCGGACGAAAGACGAGCGAGGAUCGAAGCACUACAAAAUCGCCGUCUCGAUGGUCCGGUGAUUUCCUACUGGAGUGGUGUGGCUACAUGGACGAAUGGGCGUCUCACACGGGUGGGCAAAAUCGACAUCAAACCAAAGGCAGAUAAAGAAGAAUCGAGGAAGAGAAAGAAAGAGAAAGAAGAUAAAGAGAAGGCUGCGGCGGAGUCAAAGGCCUUGGAGCCAACAACCACCGUUGGACCCGCCCCUGCCUCUUCCUCUACCACAGGCUCAUCACAACCACCACCAGACUUCCAUGCAGUUACUGGUCCAGCAAAUCCAGCCCCCCCUCCCCCCUCCUUCACAUUAGACCAAAAGACGCCUGAAAAUAAGCCACCCGCAGCUUCGACUACAGAAAAUGCAGACACCCUCGUGGUGUCUUCUGGGGCGAACGUCAACCAACCAGAUGCAACCUCUUCGGAGACGAAGUCAAUCACGUCACAUGCCGAGCAGAGCAAGAAUGAGGCUGUAGAAACGAAGGUCCUAGAUUUUGACGCAAAUACACCAAUACCACUCUCUGUGCAAGAUCAGUCUAUCACCGCUGAAAGGCAACCCUCGGAGUCGUCUAAAUCGGAGAGAAGGAUGUUUGCUGUGGAAAUUCCAGCGUCUCGUCAUGCAUUAGAUUCUGCGGGCAAUGGCUCUGCCCAAAAAUUGUCUGAGCGGUCCCCCGCCAAGCACGACGAUGUUAUGGAUAUUGACCAACCUCAUGCGGCUGCAGCGGCCACAUGUUCUACCAAGGUUAAUCAAGAAGGUCCAGGAUCAAAGGGCCAGACAGGCUUGGCCCCUCCGCAAGUUGCCAGUGCCCAACCGACUUCGAUAGAGAUCCCUAUAUCACAUGCUACUGGGACGACUGUACAAGAAGUACCGCCAGUGGAUGACUCUCGACCAAUUGAACCAGUCACGACUACCAGCUCUGGAAUUCCACUGGCCCUUCAAGCCCUGCCAGCCACUGCAGUACCCGGUCAAGCCACGGUGCCCGAAAAUGCCCCAGCUCAGAGCCUAAACCAACCAUCCUCAUUACAGUCCGAAUCACAAUUAUCGAAUGGAAUGGUGAAGGAACCAGCACAACCAGAGACUCCAGAACCCCCUCCAGUGAUUGAGCACACGGGGCGCUGUCUUACAAUCUUGGAAAACUUUGAUUAUGCGACCGCCAACCAUCGCAAAUACAGCAUGUACUUCAACGCCAAAAAGCCAGCUCGCUUGACAAAAAUCUCGUCCUCGCUUUGCGUCAUCACCUCAUUGCCAUCGCGUUAUCGCGAUCCAGAAACCGCUCUUCCUUACGCCAAUUCAUACGCAUAUGGCCAAAUUCGCCGUCUGCUGUCGGAAGGGUAUAUCUGGAGCUCGAUGCUUGGCUGCUUUGUCGGGCCGGCUGAGGCUGCCCGUGGCGUACCCGAGCGAUUUACAGGGAAGCCCGGUCCAGGCACAGUAACACUGCCGACCGACAAGGCUGAGGGUCAGGCCGACUCUACUACAGAGAAGAGGGUUGACGGACUUUUUCUUAGCGGGGAGGUACCUUUGACGCCCACCCCCGCCGCGACUCGAGCAGCGCCUACAGGAGGAGCCACUGGAGGUUGA